GAGCUGGGGCUUCUCUUCUCUCCCCAAAAGAAGGAACUCUGGGUUCUCUGCGGGACACACACUAGGACAGAGCAGUCCCAUCAGGCCUCCACGAUGCCGACCCCUGCCUCCUGGCCCCAUCCUCCGCCUCCUUCCCUGCUGCUGGCACUACUGCUGGGACUCACAGGAGCGGUGGCUCAGGAGCUGCAGGUGACUCAGCCUGAGACAUCAGUGUCAGUCGCAGCUGGAGAGACUGCCACUCUGCGCUGCACCACGACCUCCCUGAUCCCCGUGGGGCCUUUCAGGUGGUUCAGGGGCACAGGGCCAGGCCGGGAGUUAAUCUACGAUUUCAAAGGAGGCCACUUCCCCCGAGUAACAAAUGCUUCAGACGCCACAAGGAGAGACAACAUGGACUUUUCCAUCCGCAUCAGUAACAUCACCCCGGCAGACGCCGGUGCCUACUACUGCGUGAAGUUCCAGAGAGGAUUAGCUGGUGACACGGAGUAUAAGUCUGGACCAGGCACUCGGCUCACUGUGAGUGACGUAGUACAAGCGAGUCCUGCUAAAUCCCGGGACAUUGGCAAGGAAGCUGGCUAUUGCAGAUAUCACUAAAGUUCCCAGGGGGUGCGUCCCCUGCACAGCCGAAGACAGCUAGUAACUGGCUCCGGUGCCACUCAGACCUGCUGCCUCCCAGGAGACUGUCAUCCUCUUCCCCAAGCACCUGCCCAGAU